AUGGGACAUUGCAUCAAUAGCCGCCGCCACUGUACAUUGUACACACCCGGGAAUACCAAGAAUAUUGCACAUGCUCGUCGAGUCAAGACAGCGAUCCUGCAAGCGAGAACCUUCAAAGCACGCAACAACGAUGCUCUGACGGCAAGGGAGGUUAUGCGUAAAGCUAGCUAUAGCUUUUCGAUUCUCAAGGGGAUUAUGUAUGGUAUACUCAGACCAGAUGAAAGACUGUUCCGGCGUUUAACAAAUGCGUACACCGAUGGACGGAUAUUCUCCGUCGAACUUGUCGCUGCGGUCACCCGCCAGAACUCUUUUGUGGGCAAGAUGUACGACCUGAAAUGGACACAGCCUGGUGCAUUUGAGACAAUUGACGAGGAGGUCGUUCUCUGGCAUGCAAUCGCCCGUUACCAUGCCUUCCUAGACCUCAUGUCUGGCUUGCCCAUACAUUUCCUAGUACCGACCUUGGACAUCGACCUAGCCUGGCACACACACCAGUUACGCUCUUAUGAUUACUACUACGAUACGAAGAAAUACGUCGGCUCCUUCAUCGAUCAUGAUGAUAAAGUUGAAGAAACCCAUCUUUCCAACUCUUUUGACACCACCGCCUCGGCCUGGCGCUCCCGCUUCUUCGGUGUCCAAUACACAUACUGUUAG